CCGAUGCGUUUCGUUCAGCCUGGAAGAAGCGAAGAAGAAGAGUCACAGUCAGCUGUUCAACUGGGAACAAACAUUUCAACUCGAGAGUUAGAAGAGUGAAAAUAUACAUAUUUCUGAAAACUAAACUCUGUGUCACUUCGGCAGGGAAAUAUUAAAUAUAUAAGCUGUUCUCGGCUUGCAGACAAGCUAGGUAACUUACAUGAAGAAAACAGUUAACGUAAAUAAAGAAGUGAGAGUGUUAAAAAGCAGCAAGAGAUGAACAGAAAAAGAGCCCUGAUCGCAGACACCUUCUGUUUAUCAAAGAGACGCAGAUGUGCCUCUGACUGUGUCACCGGAGACAGUCAAGCAGAUAUCAGGUCAAGCUUGCAGUACCUCAUGACCCUGUUCUCACGCAAGCUCUUCAACGACAGCCUCCCACCAGUGGUCUUAAAACACCAGCUCUACAGUUUACAUGAUGACAAAACCUGCGUGGACAAGCAGGUGAACGAGUUGAGGGAAAACGGCGAGCUGUUGAUGUUCCAGCUGGGGUUCGACUCCGAGGCCUUCGCUUUGGUGUUUGCAGAAGAUUACAGCGCCAGAGUCCUGCAGGGGGAAGCGGGGAGAGGAACGCUGGCAACUGUAGAGAAAUUCCUGUCCAAACUCAUUCCCAGCUGCUCCGAUCUGAGUUUCAACAAGGAGAAGAUGCUCAAAGAGUUCCUCUUUAAAGACUCGGAGAUAACGCAGCUGGUGAAAUCAGGCGUCCUCACGGUGAGGGAUGCGGGCAGCUGGUGGCUUUCAAUCCCCAACUCUGGCAAAUUCAUCAAGUACUUCAUUAAGGGACGCAAAGCUGUUCUCGGCAUGGUUAAGAAAUCCAAAUACGGUGAAAUCCUCAAGACUGAGUUGGAGGCUCGCCGCACAACUGCGCAGGUCAAGUUCCAGAUGAAGUAUCACAUUCAUGAUAUAAUCGGAGCAGAGUUAGUGGAAUGCAUACAGACAACAUCAGGGACGUUGUUACGAUACGUGGACGGAAACAACAACUAACAGCUCCACUCACUCGACUUCAACUGUACAGAAUUGAAAUGCGAAAUGUAUUUAUUGCCAUAUUCUUUUGGUUACGAACUGCAGAAUCAACUGUGCACAAUAUAGUGAAUAAAAGGUUGCCAAAUCCCUUACGAACACUCAA